GAAAUCAGGCUCCACUCUACUAAUUCCAAAAUGUCCUUCAUGUUCCACAUGUUCUUCCCUUCAUAUGUUCUUGGAGGAGUAUGUGUUCUGCAUUGCUCUCUCCUCACCCCGGAGCAAGAGCUUUUCACACACUCUUAGGACAUUUCCUUCCUUCUCGACACACACACACACACAACUUUCCAUUGGGAACAAUCUCAGUUUUUCCUCCCCCUUCUUACCAUCCGCUAAAUCAGCAACACGACUUUAAACUCGAAAUGUCUCCUCCAUCUCGAAGACUGCAGACCAAACCCGUUAUAACAUGUCUGAAAACCUUUCUGAUUUCCUACAGCCUUAUAUUUUGGUUCACAGGGGUGAUCCUGUUAGCAGUGGGGGUCUGGGGGAAGGUUAGUCUGGAGUCCUAUCUCUUGCUGGAGUCAGACAUGAGCACCAAUGCACCAUAUGUCCUUAUUGGCACUGGUGCAAUCAUCGUCAUCUUUGGCCUGUUCGGUUGCUUCGCCACCUGUCGCGGCAGUCCGUGGAUGCUGAAACUGUAUGCCAUGUUCCUGACGCUGGUGUUCAUGGCUGAACUUGUGGCAGGCAUUUCUGGCUUUGUUUUCAGACAUGAGAUCAAAGCAGUCCUUAAUGAUGUCUACUGGAAUGCUGAAAAAAAUUACAAUACUACAGAUGACAGAAACCAGGCAGUGGAUUCCAUGCAGAGAUCUCUGAAGUGCUGUGGUGUGUACAACUACACUAGCUGGGCACGGACAGAGUACUUCAAGCAGCAUGGCAUACCAUUAAGCUGCUGUUUGCCACUGGCUAACUGUACCGCAGAAAACCUCAAAGAUCUCAACCUGGCACAAACAGUGGUAUAUCAGCAGGGCUGCUUUUCUUUGGUGACAACUGUGAUGGAGUCUAACCUGGGAAUCAUUGCUGGGAUAUCUUUUGGAAUCGCAUUCUUCCAGCUUAUUGGUGUAUUCUUGGCGUGCUGUUUGUCACGCUACAUCACCAACAACCAGUAUGAAAUGGUCUAGGCAUUCAAGGAUGGAAACAUGGUCACCUAUGAUAGACGACACAAAGGGAAGCCAUAUAGUUUUAGAAUUGUUCUUCAUUUUAGAAAAUAUUCCAGCUACCUUUUUCUUUUUUUUUCCUGUUUUUUUUUUUAUAUUAAGUCUUGGUCCAUAGCAACUAGUUCGAAGGGAAGAAUUUCAUUUACUACACAGGGGAUCAUGUCUUUUGGCAGUUUUUCAUCUUGAUGCAAUUAUGUGCCUUUUGCAGUUGGUAAGUGGAAUUGCUGAAAAAGAUUCACAGAAAGAGAAGCAUGUGCAGAUCUUGUUCAGUGGGAACUUGACGAACUUGUGAACUCGAUGGUAUAUAAAUUGACUGACUUUUCUUUGUUAGUUGGUCUUAAUAUUAUACAGCUUAUUUUUUCAACUCAGUAAAUGGCAAAUUGUAUUUGCUAACAAAAGAUCAAAAUAAAUGAUCUUGAAUAGAGGGAAAAAUUCGAGGUUAUGUUGAUGUAUGGUGGCAUUGUCAAUUCAAGCUAUAUUUCAUGUGAUGUUGCCUUAUCAAACAAAUGCUGAGCUGCAGACCCUUCUUUUGGCUCACCAUUUAAUAAGAAUAUAAGGUUCAAUGACAUUAACACAGUGAUGUAUCAUAAUGAGUCAUUGUAUUAUAUAUGUAAUGGUUUUGUUCAUUGAGUGACUUUAUUAUUAUAAUGUAUUUAGUUUAUGCACAUUCCCUGCAACACAACAAAUGAGAGCACAUUUGUCCUGGUAGAGUAUUUACUCCAAAGUAAUUUGUUUCUCCUCUCUUUGUGUGAAACACUGGCAUUUCCAAGUUCGCUGGAGUGACACAUAACCUGAUUCUUACAUUUCAUUGUCUUGUAUGUCUGUUAACAUUUUAACGCAUAUCGUAUCUGUGUUGUGCUCUGUCAAUGAGCGUGCAGUGUUAAUUUCCUUACUUUAAGUUGUGUGAAAAGCAUGUAUUGUACAUCAUAAAGAAUAAACAAGUGUAAGUUA